AUAAUCCCUCUGCAGCUGCAUCUGAUCCACGGGGACUGUAGUUUUGUGGGAAGAAGGCUACAUCCAGCCCUUCCAGAAGCAUCGCGCAGAGGAGCCGCCGCGGGCCCGGGACAGCUUCUCAGCAGCAGCGAUGCAGGGGAACAAGAAGUGCGCGGACGGCUUCAGCGACACCUCGAGCAUCGGCAGCGUGCUGGACGACGCGGACAGGGAGGUGAGCAGCCUCACCGACCGGGCCUUUCGGAGUCUGUGCAUCUCAGAAGACACGUCCUUCAGUGACUCGGACCUGACCCUGUCGCCAGAGCUCACCCGCCAGGUGCUGGGGACUUGCCACCAGGGAAGCGUGAGCCACACCCGCAGGAAGAGCGGCAUCUGGAGUCAGUUGCCGUCCCAGGGCGCGGAGCACGCGGGCUGGGCGGCCACCUUCCAGCAGCUGCCCAAGUACGUCCAAGGAGAGGAGGAGUGCUCCACAGGCAGCCCCCCGCUGACACCCGCCCUGCGCAGGCUGGAGGUGCCCCUGCCUGGCCUGCGGAGCAGCAGCAAGCCUACUCCCAAAGUGUCCUCGCUGAUCAAGUCUUUCGACAGGCCUCCCACCAGCAAGCCUCCAGCUGUCAAGAGCCCCCCCAAAUUCGCUCCUCUCCCAGACAGUGGUGUCAACUUCUGCUUUGAUUCUGCCUUUCUGACCGUCAGAAGGGUGCCCGCCGAAGGCUCCGGCCGGCCGCAGGGCCACCAGCCCGGCAGGCAGCACGCAGAGCGGGAGGCCCCCGGGAGCCCUGAGGUGGCCUGUCAGGGCCCCGGCAGCUCGUCGGAGCCCCGGCUCUGCUCUCCACCCCACAGAGCCGCCGCGGGCGAGCCCGGGAGGAGCCAGGAGUGGGCCCGCAAAGGCACCUUCCUCCACAGCGAGAACAGCGCCUUUGAGUCGUGGAGCUCCCGCCAGCCAAGACUGCGGGACAGGAAGGGCCCCGCCGAGGCUGCCCCUGAAGGCAGACCCCCCACCCGUGGCAGCGCCCCCCAGCCGAGAGAGCCCCGGGCCCCCGAGCGCCGACUCUCUCCCUGCCCGCUCCGGGCCGGCUGUGGCCAAGAGGACAGGCUGGCAGCGGGCACUGUCUCCGUGCCGGGGCCCUGGAGAGCUGCGGACCCAGGCGUUCGGGUGUCCCCCGGGGAGGACAACGCUUCGGGCGCGCAGCCCGACCUUCAGAGGAAGUCGGCCCAGGCCCCGUGGAGGAAACCGAAGGCUGGCAGAGGAGGCAAGGCAAGUGCGCAGGGCCCUGCGGAGGGGAAGCGGCCCAGCCGGCCAGGCCCGGCCCUGUGUGCGGAGCGCGAUCCCCAGGGGCCGUGCCCGGAAAACGAGGCCCCUGACCAUGCAGCGGAGCCCGGAGACUGUUACACCCCUCCUUUCAACAUCAGUGAGCUGCUGACCCCCAUCAUCCCCACCAAGCAGGUCCUGGAGCCGUCCAGCAGCCCGCCCGCGCAGACAGCCCCGCCCCCCGCAGGACAGCUGAACGGGUUCCAGGAGCAGGAGCCCGGCGAGAGUGCCCCCCGGGACGGCGACAGGGCCGCGCCCGGCCUGCUGUUCCACCUCAAGGACGUGCGGAGGCGGGUCAGGAGCACCUACAGCCCCUCGGUUCUCCUGAAGGGCGAUGAGAAAGGCAGAGGCAAGCAAGACCCCGUGAGCAACGGCGUCCUUCCCGACGGGCUUGAGGAAAGCCCCCCACAGGUGCCUCCCGAGGAGAGAGCCGCUGACACUCCUCUGUCCUACGUCAGUACCCAGGGGGACCCAAAAGCGGAUCCCGGCGCGCCCUCUGCGGACAACUGUCUGACCCUUGGCUCGCCCCCCGCCCUCACCAAAGCCUCCUUCUGUGUCAACGGGGAGGCUGUCGGCAACAGCCCGGAGCAGGACGCCACCAAGGACGGCUCCCAGCUCGAAGCCGCCAGGCACAGCUGGUCUCCAGACCCCAGGGAGCGCCUGGGCCUCCCGCUCCGCAGCGCAGGGCCUGCGGUGGGGAGGGCCCUGCGGCCACACACCCCCUGCCUGGAGAACGGCUUCUCCAGGUCCCUCUCUCAAGAGACAGAACCCGAGACAGAGGCAGGACUUCAGAAUCCGAACUUCACCCAGAAGGUCUCGCCAGGGCCCCUUUCCCCCGAGGAGGAGGACGUGUUUUACAGUGAUACCCAGUCGGACUUUGCGCCCGGCCUCCAGGGCAAGGCCAAGUUCAGCACCAGCUCCUCCGACCAGUCCUUUGCCUCGUUCGAGGACCAGCAGAAGCCUUGGCUGGCCGCCGAGAGCCCGCAGGACGCCAGGAGUGCCCUGGGUGCAGGCGACGGUGGGAAGGACGAGGCGGGGGCCGGGGCAGGGGCCGAGGAGCCGCAGCACUGUGCCUUCGGUGACGGGCCCACGCGCGUGGGGGGGCAGAGCGAGAGGCGACCUUGGCAAGCAGAAGGAGAGCGUGUAGGUGGAGGGAGACCCCGGAAGGCGUCGAGGGAGGAAGCUGACUUCAGAGUCCCUUGGAGCGGGGAGAGUAGGGGUGUAGCCCUGUCACAUGCCAAAGACCCCUCACCCUCUCCCGCUGCGAACAGGCACAGGCUGUUUGCAAUCAAGGACAACACCCUCAGGGCCACCCCCGUGAUAAGACCCAUCAUGCUGCCCCUCCUGAGGGCCUUGUCCUCAGAGGACCCGCUGGGCGGUGGCCAAAGAGAGGAGGCAUUGCCAAGGCCAGGCAAGAGCCAGGAAAUGCCCAGCACCCCGAUAACCACUGGCAUGAGGGGCCCACCCUUGAAGCAUGUGGGCCACAGGGGCGUGGAGGACCGUGGGGGCGUGGCCAGUGUGUCCAGGAUGGAGACAAUGGGGACUGUGUCAUCUCCUCCUCUGGCAGGAGAGGGCGAGGGGGCGGAGCCACCCCCGGAUGCCCUGUGGAAGGCCUCGGUGAGUGACAGUGACCCAGGGAAGCUGGAGGCUCUGCGGUGCAUCCCCACAAUCACUCUGCCCGAAGGUGGCUCACAAGACCAGCCCCCCCCACAGCAGCUCGGACCGUCUUGGGAAGAGCAGACACAAGAUUGCAAAAGUCACUUUUUGUGUACACCCAGAGCAGGGCCCCCAGGGAGAUGGGCGGCCGGCGAGCUGGCCACGUCCCCCCACAGCAGCUCUCUGGAGGGGAGCAGUGGGCACUCCCCUGCCGCCAGCAGUGUCUGGGACGACACUUCUCAGGGGCCCAGUGAGCUGGGCCUGAUGCCAGGGGAGCCCCGUGCCAGCACCUGGGCCAACCCCAGCCCUGCCAGGGCCGCCCGGAGGGAGGACCUGACGCACGCCUUCGUGUGGGAAGCCAGCUCUGACCCCCAGCUGGAGCCGUCAGCGGAACACCUCAGGGCGCUGUCUCCAGGAGGCUCCGUGCUGGAGGUGGCCGCCAGCCCGGCUGUCUUCCCUGAAAGGGCAGAGCCUUCUUCUCACCUCGAAAGGGCCGCCGCCAAGCCGCCCGCAGUCCCGCCCAAGACAGAAAAGGCCCUGCGGCGGGCAAAGAAGCUGGCAAGUAAGCGCAGAAAGACGGACCAGGCCCAGGAAGCCCCCGGCAAAGCCCAGGAGCAGCCCCCGGGGGAAGACGCGGAGCACGGGCCCUUGUCCCCCGGGGAGAGGCCGCUGCCCAGGUUCCCGGCUGUCCGUGCCCUGCCUCCUCCUGUGCACCGCCACUCCGUGUCCACCUUCCCCGAGCCGCUCAGGAGGCGGCCUGGGAGGCCCCAGUCCCUCAUGCCCCUGCUCCCCUACCCUGCCACCCAGAAGGUCCUCCAAGACCCCCAAUCUGGGGAGUAUUUUGUCUUCGACCUGCCGCUUCAGGUGAAAAUCAAGACCUUCUAUGACCCAGAGACAGGCAAAUAUGUCAAGGUCCCCAUCCCAUCUUCAGAGGAGGGUUCCCCUGAAGCACGCCCGCUGGACAUGCUCGCGGUCCCCUACGUGCUGUACCCGGGCCUCCGGCCCCUGCCCGCGGCCGUGAUGCCCCCGCGCUGCUCCUCACAGCUCUCCUCCCCCACCUUCCUGAGGCAGGGCCCUGGGCCCCAGAGCGCCCCCCACGCUGACCCGCAGCCCGCCCCCGGGCCUCAGGGCGACCCCACCCAGCACGCGGCUGGCCGGGGCUCCAGGGAGUCUCCCCGGAUCCCAGGGGAGGGGGCGGUAGACACAGCAAGCCUGGGCAUCAUCUGCACCAACGACCUAGAGGACUUUGCCACAGAAGGCAUUUCUUGAGAAUUACAGCAAACUAACAACCCCCAAUAAACCCAGAAG